UUUCAUAAUUUGAAUCUUAUAUUUAUUUCAUCAUUAAUUUCGAUGUUGCGACAUUCUGUAGCUGUUAUUUCUGAAAUGAGUGCGUCUAUACCUGCAUCAUUUCGGAAGCUUGUCGUGAAAAAACUGACUCCAGUUUUUAAAGAAGCUGUUGAAAUUGUUCAACAAGAUCUUAUUCGCCCUCGCAAUAACGAGAUCUUAAUAAAAAAUAAAUAUGUUGGAAUCAAUGCUUCAGAUGUUAAUAUGGCUGCUGGGCGUUAUUGUUCCCAGAAUCAAAGCCUUCCAUUUGGAUUAGGAUUUGAAAGCAUUGGAGAAAUUGUUGAUGUUGGUGAAAAGGUUGCAGAACUAAAAAUUGGUGAAUCUGUGAUGCAUAUGAGUUAUGGUGCUUUUUCAGAAUAUAUGUGUGCUCCAGAAGAAGAAGUUAUUUCAGUUGCAUCUGCUAAACCAGAACUUCUUCCUUUGCUCACAAGUGGUGCUACUGCUAGCUUAAGUCUUGAUAAAUGUGGGCACAUUGUACCUGGGGAGAAAGUUCUAAUCACUGCUGCUGCAGGAGGCACAGGUCAUAUUGCUGUUCAGUGGGCUAAGAAUGUUGGCUGUUAUGUAAUUGGAACAUGUUCAUCUCAAGAUAAAGUUAAAUUUUUAGAGGAUAUUGGUUGUGAUCGACCUAUCAAUUACACCCAAGAAUGUUUAAAUGAUGUUCUGACUAAGGAAUAUCCGAGUGGCAUUGAUGUUAUUUGGGAAACCAUCGGAGGAGAAACUUUUAACAUACUUUCCAAACACCUAGCAAUAAAAGGAAGGCUUGUAAUUGUUGGUGCCAUUUCAAAGUAUAUAGAGUCAAAAUUAUCAUACCAUAUGAACAGCGAUUUACCAAUGCAGCUUCUUCUUCAAUCUGCCACUCUUAGUGGCUUCCUUCUUCCUCAUUUCAAAUCAGAUAUCCCUCAUUAUUUAAGUCUUCUGGUCAGACUAAUGCAUGAAAAGAAAAUUAAGUUGUUUAUUGAUGAUGGUAGAUCACAAGAAAAGCCAUUCAGUGGAUUGGAAGAUAUUGUGAGAGCUAUGGAUUACUUGUACAGUGGAAAAAAUAAAGGAAAAGUGAUUGUAGCAUUAUGAAUUUUGCUGAUACUAGGCAGUUUUUAAAGAACAGCAAUAAUUAUUAUUGUAGAUAAUAAUUUUCUAUCAUUGUUCAUGUUUUAAUAAACUUUUGAAAUUUAUUCUUUUUUAAAAUCUGUUAUGAUUUAAAUAAAUUUUUUUUUAUGAUUGUC